UUGUGCAUUUUGUUUAUAAAAUAUGAAGAGAUAUAAGCAGAAACUGCGAGAAGUCUGGCUGCAAAUGCCAGAGUUCAGGCCAUGGUUACGACGAGAUCCCGAGGACUCAUACAGAGCGCGUUGUCGUUUUUGCAAGUGUGGGGUAAACACAAAAAUAUGUGACUUGCGCGCUCAUGCGCUCACAAAGAAGCACCAAAAAAUGAAUGCCGCAGUUGAAACCAAAAGAAAUGACUCGAGCAAUGACGACUCUGCAUCUAUGGACCACAACACAGACUAUAGGACCAGCAAAGCGACAGCAGCCAAACGCUAUAGAAGCCACGCUGAUGAUAACAAAAACAAUAUGAAAUUGGCACCAGUUAAAACGGAAAAGAGAGGCAGCAAUGGACCCGAUUAUGAGGCCAUUAUUGAAAGUCUGGCGUUAUACGAACCGGAACAGAUAAUGUUCUCCAAUGGGUCGACCACACAGUCGGACGAUCAAAUCGAACAUCCUGUACCCACAGUAAACAUAGACGAAGAGAGCAUCACCAAUGCUGUUACCGUUGCCGUCAAGAACCUUAAGGAUUCACCACAAAUAUUUGGUGACUUUGUUGCUGAUCGACUGAGGCAAUUAUCGGUCAAAACAUCGGAACUAACCAAGGACAAGAUUAUGCAGGUUCUUCUAGAAGCUGCUGCAUUAGACAGAUCAAACAAUUGCAACUGACACGGAUUACUUUCCAAUUCGAUAUGAAAUAAUUCAAAUAAAUCUCACAAUCAGCCUUAA